GAGCCGGGCGGGCCAGGGACAGCGAUGAGCUGGGAGCUGCUGUUGUGGUUGCUGGCGCUGUGCGCUCUGAUCCUGCCCCUGGUGCAGCUCUUGCGCUUUCUGCGGGCGGAUGCGGACCUGACAUUGUUGUGGGCUGAGUGGCAAGGGCGACGCCCAGAAUGGGAGCUGACCGACAUGGUGGUGUGGAUUACUGGAGCAUCAAGCGGCAUUGGUGAGGAACUGGCUUUCCAGUUAUGUAAACUCGGUGUCUCUCUGGUGCUGUCAGCCCGAAGGGUGCAGGAGCUGGAGCGGGUGAAGAGAAGAUGCCUGGGUAGGAAUUGUCUGAAGGACUGCAUGUUUUUCCUUAUUUACCUUCUUGGUAUUGACAUUUUGGUCAACAACAGUGGAAGAUCCCAGCGUUCCUUAGUUCUAGAAACCAGCUUGGAUGUCUUCAAGGAGCUGAUAAAUCUGAACUACAUAGGGACGGUGUCCUUGACCAAGUGUGUCCUGCCUCACAUGAUAGAGAGGAAACAAGGGAAGAUUGUGACCGUGAACAGCAUCGCGGGGAUUGCCUCUGUGUCCCUUUCCAGUGGCUACUGUGCCAGCAAACAUGCUCUUCGGGGUUUUUUCAAUGCCCUCCUUAGUGAGCUUGGCCAAUAUCCAGGCAUAACACUUUGCAACAUUUACCCGGGGCCUGUGCAGUCCGACAUUGUGAAGAACGCCCUCACUGAGGAAGUAAAUAAGUCCAUGAGAAACAACAUAGACCAGAGUUACAAGAUGCCAACGAGCCGCUGUGUGCGGCUGAUGCUCAUCGCCAUGGCCAAUGAUCUGAAGGAAGUUUGGAUCUCUGACCAUCCUGUGCUGUUGGGGGCAUACAUAUGGCAGUAUAUGCCAACCUGGGCCUCAUGGCUAAACUGCAAGUUGGGGAAGAAAAGAAUCCAAAACUUUAAGAAUAAUUUGGAUCCAGACUUGCCUUAUAAAUUCUUGAAGGCAAAGAAGGAUUGAAACAACCUCCAGGGAUAUCUGAGCCACUUGUUGAGAAUGAAAAAAAACAGCGUAUGUACAGUAAGCUUGCACACAGAAGGCGGGCCGGUGACUACUUUCGGGUUUAAUUUUUGAUACAACUUUCUAUUCAGUAUGUAAUGAAUAAUAAAGAAAACUUUGUCCUGUA